AUGGCGGACUUGGUGAAGCAGAUCUUGGCGAAACCGAUCCAGUUAGCUGACCAGGUGAUAAAGGCGGUAGAUGAGGCUGCUUCAUUCAAGCAAGAAUGCGCCGAACUCAAGACCAAGACUGACAAGCUCGCCGGGCUGCUACGCCAGGCUGCACGCGCUAGCAACGAUCUCUACGAGCGCCCCACGCGCCGCAUUCUUGAUGAUACUGAACAGGUCUUGGACAAGGCGUUGGCCCUUGUCCUCAAGUGCAGAGGCAACGGCCUUGUCAAGCGAGUUUUCACCAUCAUUCCCGCGGCAGCGUUUCGCAAAAUGUCGUCACAACUGGAAAAUUCUAUCGGGGACGUGUCGUGGCUUCUACGUGUUUCGGCUUCGGCCGGGGACCGCGAUGAUGGCUACCUUGGGCUCCCUCCAAUCGCCGCCAACGAGCCCAUUUUGUGUCUUAUUUGGGAGCAGAUCGCGAUUUUGUAUACUGGGUCGCUGGAAGAUCGAUCCGAUGCGGCAGCCUCACUGGUAUCCCUGGCUCGGGACAACGAUCGGUACGGAAAGUUAAUUAUUGAGGAAGGCGGGGUGGGUCCUCUGUUGAAGUUGGUGAAGGAAGGGAAAUUGGAGGGUCAGGAGAAUGCUGCGAGUGCAAUUGGGCUUCUGGGACGAGAUCCCGAAAGCAUUGAACAUCUGAUUCACGCCGGCGCGGGCUCAGUGUUUGCAAAAAUCCUUAAAGAAGGUUCAAUGAAGGUACAAGCAGUGGUGGCUUGGGCAGUGUCUGAACUUGUUGCUCAUUACCCCAAAUGCCAAGAUCUGUUCGUUCAGCAUAACAUAAUACGAUUGCUCGUUGGGCAUCUGGCUUUCGAGACCGUGCAGGAGCAUAGCAAGUACGCUGUUGUUAGCAAAGCAACUUCAAUGCACCAAGCUGUUGUUUUGGCAAGUAAUAAUAACGCCAACGCCAAUGUGAAUAUCAGUGCGAAUAAGGGGAAUGAUUUAGACGAUUGUAGGAGUCAGAUACCACAUCCAUUAGGCAAUAAGCAGCCGCUUAAUCGGAUGCACACUGUUGUUACCAAUAGCAUGGCAUUGAAGGGACAAACCAACGGACUAAACCAGGAUAAUGUUGCGAAAAGCAAUGGCACCAAUGGCGGCGCAACGCUAAAUUCUAUUAGCAACCAUCACCACCAUCAGCAAAGUCUUUCGCUAUCUUGGGCGAGUAAUAAAGCUCGUGAAAUGGAGGACCCUGCAACCAAGGCCUAUAUGAAGGCAAUGGCUGCAAGAGCCCUUUGGCACCUCGCAAAAGGAAAUUCGCCCAUUUGCAAAAGCAUCACUGAAUCAAGAGCCUUAUUGUGCUUUGCUGUCCUUCUGGAGAAAGGAUCAAAAGAUGUUCAGUACAAUUCUGCUAUGGCAUUGAUGGAAAUCACAGCAGUAGCAGAAGAAGAUGCUGAUUUAAGAAGAUCGGCAUUCAAGCCUAAUUCACCUGCCUGCAAAGCUGUUGUAGAUCAGAUACUGAGAAUCAUUGAAAUAGGUUAUUCGGAACUGCUUGUUCCAUGUAUUAAGGCUAUUGGGAAUUUGGCUAGGACUUUCAGGGCAACAGAAACAAGGAUUAUAAGCCCAUUAGUAAAGUUGCUCGAUGAACAAGAGCCCGAAGUUUUUAGAGAAGCUUGCAUUGGGCUCACAAAGUUUGCUUGCACCGAUAACUAUCUGCACCUAGAUCACUCGAAGUCGAUCAUAAGUGCUGGAGGGGUAAAGCACCUAGUUCAGCUAGUAUACUUUGGGGAACAAAGUGUUCAAGGUUGUGCAUUGAUCCUGCUAUGUUACAUUGCUCUGAAUGUGCCAGACAGUGAAGAACUUGCUCAAGCCGAGGUACUAACUGUACUCGAAUGGGCAUCAAAGCAAGCCUCAUUGAUCCAAGAUGAAAAUGUUGAAAAAUUGUUGCCAGAGGCCAAAGGAAAGUUGGAGCUCUAUCAAUCAAGAGGAUCUAGGGGGUUCCGUUAA